CAGUCUCUCAGGAAAGAAAAUUUCGUCUGGUAGGCGGACAGUCAAGUGAAAAUGGUGUAAAUACCAAACAAAGAAACGAGAAGGCGUGCUUUUUGUCUUAUUUUCACCUUGCUUGUCGCUGUGCAGCGGCAUUCGUGCAGUUCUUGCCGAAUGUAAAACGUUUUCGACACAAUGGACCCAGACAACAGCACAUCCAGCUCAGCAAGUGGCAGCGUGGUUGUGUCCACCAGUCAUAAGCUGGUAGAUAUCGAAUUUCCGAAUUAUAGCACCGUCCUGCUGGAGCAUCUCAACCAGCAUCGAGAGGAGGGCAAGUUCUGCGACCUAGCGGUGCACGUAAGGGGUCAGGUGUUCAGGGCUCACAAGGCUGUGCUUGCCGCCUCCUCCUCCUACUUCCACGACAAGCUGCUAUUGCGCAAUACAGAAGUAAUCACGCUGCCAAGUGUCAUUGAACCCGAGGCAUUCGCUGGCCUUCUUGGACUUAUUUAUACUGGGAGGCUACGUGUUACCGUACAGGACAUGCCCAGCUAUCUGCUGGUCGCCAGUGGCCUGCAACUUUGGCAUGUAGUGGACCGCUGUAAAGAAGUGCUGAAGAGAGAAGAAGAGCAGAUCCUGCGGACGAGUAAAAGCAGUUGUGAGAGAAGCAGCACCCCAUACAGACAUUGUUGCUCCACCUCACAGUCACCAAGUAGCAGCCAAAUACAGGUUGGGUCCCGGGACGAGACAUUGGGGUUCAGAGAAGCACACCACUCCAUUUUUUCCAGCUCAAGAGUAAAAGCGAGCACAAGUAUUAAAAUGGGCAAAAGCUCAAAUACAAGGGUGGAGAGAGAAGCUCAGUGUCGAUCCUCGUAUGCCAAAAAGCGGGAUCACCAGAAAAACAUGAAAACCAAAGAGAAAUUGUAUCACAGUACUGAUCAUGAUGACGACGACUAUUGCCACAGUAAUGAGAUAACAGUUCACACAGAAGAAGAUGAAGUUGAAGAUUUAGAAGAGGAAGAAACUGAAGAUGAUGAGGUAAUCAAGGUGCAUGUGCAGUCUGAGGAAGAUGAAGAAGAAGAUGAGGAUGGGGGUGUUGUUGUGAUGGUGUCUGGAAAAAAAGAAGAAGAGGGUGAAGAUGAUGAUAUCUGCAGUGGCUCAAUUGAUGAAAAUGGACAAAUGGUGGUAAUGGAAGGUGAGCGAAGGAAAGGCAAAGAAUCCAUAUCAGGCUACACCUACAGACUGGUCAGCAGUCAGGUUGAUUCGCAAAGUUUGGUGUCCCCUGUUCCUGUUUCUCCUGUUUUCUCAGUUGCUGGGCUGGCCCUGCGGGAGACUGAUGGAGGAGCAUUUUCUAGCCUGGGAGAAUUUCGCUUAGGAGGAAUAGGAACUGUUGGAACUAUGGAAGCUGGACCUGUUAGUGACCAGAUUUAUGUAAAGCAAGAGAGGGCAGAUGAACACGAGAACAGCACUGCCGCAAUUAGAGGUUCCAAGAGCACAGUAACUAGUAUUAAUGUAGUCAGUUCAGUAAGCAACAGCUCCCAGUUACAUCCAAGUGGAUUUGGUCCAUUUCAAGGGAAUUUUAGAAUAGAAGGACUCAGCACUACAACUGCCGGUGGAAGUAAUGACUAUUUUCUGCAAAGUACGGAUAGUGGGGGUCCCGGUGUUUCGUCCAAUCAAAGUGGGGAGCCAGUGAGCCUUGUUGUAACCGGUUCUAACAGCCUGGGUUCAGUGGUUGUUGACUCUGCUUCAUUUCCAGAUGGCACUCGAGUUGUUGCUGAUCCUACUGGUUACCCUGCUCAUGCUGUAUCACAGCAGCCCAUGGACAUUCACGGAAAUGAAAUAGUCACACAUGCUUCACUAGGGCAGACUGUUCAUGCUCCUGUCAAGAUUUUGUCAGUGCCACCUGAUGGCAAACGCUUUGGGUGCCUGUGUGGCAAGCGGUUUGCGGUAAAGCCAAAGCGUGACCGUCACAUUAUGCUGACAUUGAGUGUUCGUCCCUUUGAUUGUUCUGUGUGUGAAAAGAAGUUUAAGUUAAAACACCACCUGAAUGAGCACAUGAAGACACACCUGGGUUUCCUGUAUAAAUGUGAGCGAUGUGGCAGGAAAUUCCGUAUGCGCAGUUGUUAUUUGAAACAUGUCCAGCAAGAGGAGGAACAGUUAAAUCUUCAGCAGAACAACUGUGCCAACAAUACACUACAGUCAGAAUACAGUGUACGAUAAUCCUUAAUAUACAGAUAUAAUUGGUUCUGGUUUGGUUCACCAUCAGAAGACUUUGGUAAUGCAAGUUUGACACAAAAGACAAUUUGUCAGUAAUAUGCUGGCGUCAAAGGUCUGACUUCUUUUUUGCCACUUCAUCUAGAAAAUCUUGGUAUGCUGGAUAUCAUUGUGGCAAAGGUGAAUGUUAGGCAAUAAGCAUAUGCAGAUGGCAUUGAUCUAGAAUGGCAAGGUUUUAAGACUAAUGUUAAACUCGCUUUUGUGCCUUAUGUUCAAUUCUAACUCUCCAGUGGUAUGUACUAGUACAUAUUAGAAAUGCAAUUGUGUGGUAGAAUGCCUGCUGUGUUUAUGUGAACCAGAUGUUUGGAGCACUUCACCUAUAAAAAGCUCUUAUAUUACAGCGACAUGUUUUAAUCUUUGAGUAGAGGUAUAUUGAGCGAUUUCUGCAGGAAUAUACAGUGAAGCAGAUUUGAAUCUUAUGGUGUUUAGGCCAGUUCCUUUAACUUCAAAUCACUGGUUCUAAGACUGUGCCCUUCCCUGGGUAUGGCGUCCAUUUUAGGACAUUCUCUACCCUUCUGAAAAAAAAAAGUCAUCCUUCCUCAUGCAAAACUACACCCUCCCAUCUAUAUCUGCCGAAACGGAAUCCAUCCUCCGACAAAACUUUCCUGCUCCCUGCGGCAAAACUCCAUACUCACUCCUUAAACAUAUCUGCUUACACUAUGUAGUAUGUACUGUAUGUGCAUAGUUAUACUUUAAAGCUUAAAUGAGAUUGAUGCUAAAGAUCUCUGCUGGUAUCUGAAAGGUCGCUGGUUCAAAUCCUGUUACUGCCAAAAGGGAUCCUACUCCAUUGGGCCCUUGAACAAGGCCCUUAACCUGA